AUGGAAAUCAUAACGGGGAGUUUAAUUGCAAUCACGGUUCUGAUGGUCAUCUAUAUGUGGAAACAGAGGAGCCCAGAAGCAGAAGCCAACAACUUGCCACCAGGGUCGCUGGGACUUCCGGUCAUCGGCGAGUCCAUCAGCUUCGCCAUCAAAAAGGUGGCUUUCUUCAAGGAGCGACAUGAGCGCUUUGGACGCAUCUUUAAAACAAAUCUGUUUGGAAAACGAACGGUCCGUGUAUACGGGGCCGACAAUAUCCGGAAACUGGUUAGCGGAGAAGGCCAAAUAGUUAGAUCUAGUUAUCCGACGUCCGUCCGCAAAUUACUCGGGGACCAGGCGCUAUCAAUGAGCCAUGGCGACGUGCACAAGGAGAAGAAAACUCAGCUCAUGAAAUAUCUGAGUCCAGAGUUUUUCCACAAUCACUGUCCAAUUCUUGCCAAUACCAUCGCUGAACGUGUUCAAAAAUGGCAACACCAGUCGCCCAUUGAUAUUCACUUCGAGACUAGGAAGCUGUUUAUGGAGCUAGCGGCAAGGUUCCUCAUCAACAUUGAUAUUACCGGAGAGGUCAUUGAACAGUUAAUGAAAGAGUUGGAAAUCUUCACUGAUAACGUCUUUUGUCUUCCGUUCAACAUUCCAGGAUUUGGCUUCUAUAAGGCAACAAAAGCAAAACAACGAAUGCGAGAAAUCAUCGCUUCGUCUCUGACCGAGUCCGUCAACAAUAACGACACCGACGGCCUGAGUUCUGUCUUACAAGGAUUGAAGGCUGAGACUAACGAUGUCCCGAUCCAUGAAAACUAUGCCUUGCUGGACUCCAUCAUCGACCUACUUUUCUCCGGAAGUGAAACAGUGAGCUCGGCCGGCUUUUCCCUCCUCGACCAACUGUCAAAACAUGAGAAUGUUUCUGAACGUCUUCGCCAGGAGGCUCACUCACAUGGUCUCGUGAAAUUAGAGGAACCAGUCUGUGCACGUGACGUUCAGGAUAUGCCGUUUGUGGAUGCGGUUGUCAAGGAAACGCUCAGAAUGUUGCCACCAGUUGGGGGUGCGUUUAGAGAGGUCCUGCAAUCGUUUGAACUAGAGGGAUAUACAUUACCGAAGGGAUGGACUGUUGUCUUUGGCAUUCGUGAAACCCAUGAAAGAGAUUCAACUGUAACCAGUACAUCUACAUUCCUCCCAGAGCGCUGGCUCCAUGACAAAAACAGCUCAAGCAGUAGCCCAUCCAUGUUCCCGUUUGGUGGAGGCGCAAGGGUGUGUCCGGGACAAGCGUAUGCCAAAAUGAUUCUGAAACUGUUCACCGUAGAGUUGUCUCGAUCCUCUGCAUUAGAACUUGUACAAGACAGUCCCCUGUGUUUUUGGCCAAGCCCCAAACCUGUGAACAAAGUGCUAGUCAAUGUAACACGUCUGUGA